CAAGGAUUGAGUAAAUAAUAGAUAGAAAAAUUCAUGGUGCAAAACCGGGAGCAUAUACUUUUUGUAUAAGGCCUACCGCAUAUGAAAUGCAUAAAUCCGAUGGGCCAAUGAGCAUCCAGCACAAAGUCGCCAUAUUGAUUUACAUAAGAUUCUUAUUGGUCUAGUGAUCUUAUACCAGAGAGAAACCAUUGAACAGACUGUAGCAUUAAUGCCUUCUGCUGCGCGGCAAGCUUUGAUUUACAGAGUUUUGCUUUGCUUAUAAAGCAAAUCACCUAGGUGACAAGUAAACAAGAAGCUUGUAAUCGUCGAUAAGUAUCUUAUUCUGUUGAAUAUCCUUUCGAGUAUUCGAGUAUGUAUAUACGUUAUUCAUUUUCGAUAAUCUCGAUAUGUCCGAAGACAUCGCAGAAAACCUUCUUGUGCAAUAUUAUGGAUUUUCCGAGGGAUCAAAAGUCGAAAAAUUUCCAUCGAUCCACGAUUGCGCGGUCAGCGUGGAGAACGACUCAGACAAAUUAAUCGGCGAGCAAUCAACCGUGGACACGAACAACGAUGACAUAUCCAGGGAGACGGAAGUGCAGGAAAAUGAUACUGAAAAUAAAGAAGAGCAUUCCGAGAUUAGCACACCGGCGAGAUCUUCGCGAACGUUAAAGUGGGAAGCGCUCGAAGAUAAUGAAGAAACGUCGUCCGAAUUCGAUAUUAUUUUCGAAGCAAAUACAGCAGGCAAUUUGUAUGAAAAUACGUGUGCCUCCUCCGGCAAAGAGACGUGCGAUCUUGUUACAUACAGCAAAACUGCCUCUACCACUUUAGGUCUGGAAGACAAUGAAGGGAACGAUUCGUAUCUCUCACUCAGCGAAGAUGUAUUGCCAGACAGUGCUUCAGAUGUUUCUUCAAUAACAGGAAAGAAGAAAACUAAGGAAUCUACGGUUACAUUUGUUCCACCUUCAACGCCACCGCCAAAUAGAAUUCCUGUAUACAACGAGACCUUUGUAGAUUUAACGAACACUGGCCUUACAUCGCUUCCUAUUGAAACGAUUGAGAAAUAUCCUGCGAUACAAAUGCUGUACUUAGAAGAUAACCAUCUCUCUGAGCUUCCCGAAAAGCUUUUUGUUUCCCUGCAACAUUUACAGUGGUUAGACGUUCGAAAUAAUCUAUUGACAAGCCUUCCUACGAGCAUUAAAUUGCAUCCUUCGCUGGAGACCAUUUUAUUGCAAAGAAAUAAAAUUGAAAAAUUGCCAUUAGAACUUUGCCUGGUGCCAAAACUUAAAACUCUUAAUGUGGCACAUAAUCCUAUCAUUGAACCUCCAAAGAAUAUUAUCGCUCUCGGAUACUCGAGUAUUCUCAACUAUCUCCGGUCUGAAUGGAAUAAAUUGCAUCCGAAUGAGCCCGUGACGUCUAUAAAACAGAAAAUUGAACCAAAGGCAUCAACGAUCUUGUGUUAUCGGUCUCCGCGUGAGAAGCGAUGGAAAUUAUCAAAAGUUCCGCGACGAGUAUCGAAAAGUACGAAUGAUAUUGGCGAUUCGUUCAAAGGAUCUACGAUCAGGAAAAGAAGUAAAGCUUACAAGCCUAGCAACAGAUGCGAAGGUAAAGGUACUAAUAUUGCCAUGGAACAACGGCUGCAAUGGAUUUCUAAAGUGAGAGAUUUGCUAAGCGCACAAUCAACAACAAUUCAAAAAAUUAAGGAUAUAGAUACUAUAAAAGAAUGGAGACGUGACAAACGAAGUUUCAAUAAAAGCAUGGAGAAAAUAUCGAGACGAAAUGAAGAUGAUAUUCCAUUUGCAAUCGAUAUUGAAGAUUACCCUGCAAUACGAAAACGUUCACAAAAAGUGGAAGAUUAUGCAGAUAAUCAGAAACAGGAAAGAUUAAAAUCAGUAAAUAUAAAUCAGAAGAUUCAAGAAUUAUCAGGAUUCCUGAAAACACUUGAAAUUACAAAAUCUUUCGAAAUAUUGACGCCAAAAUCUAAACAAAAAUAUCUUCAAACUGAAAUUGAAAAGCUCUCGCAUUUUCAAAAGGAAGUAAAUAAUCUAAAAAGAUAUAAUGAAAUUAUAUCAGCUCCAAUAAAUUCUUCAAAUAAUUCAUUUUAAUGUUUUUUUUUAUUUGAUUUUAUUUUUUGUCAAGAUUUUAAAAUUAGGAAAAACUCGAUAUCAGUCUCUUGAAGUAUUUAUUUAAAUAAAACUUAUGUGUAUUACAAUAUUAAUUUCAUGCAGAGUUUUCAUAACAUAUGUCAAGAUAAUCGGAAAGGAAAUAUUUUUCAUGCAUAGUAAAAAAAAUUAACAAUUAAAAUUCUAUAGAUAUAUCAGAUACAUAUCAAAUAUUGUUAGAUAUGUACAGAAAGUAAAUAAUCAAUGAUAAAAUGAGAUAAAGUUAGGAAAGAUAGAUUUUUCUAAGAUAUGUGUAAGAGUUGUUAAAAUAAUUUCGUUAAAAAAAUGUCCUUUCCAGUUUUCUUGCCAGUGCAUUCGAUUCUUGUUUUUACUUCAUCAUCGGAUAUUUUCAGUAUAAAAAUUCUAAAAGCAAUUACUACCAAAAUACAAAAAGUAAAAUCUAGCAUAUAAAUCUGUGCAACCACGAACAUUGAUUUUCCUUUUGUACAUGGCACUCAAUGAAGCUUUGUAGUAAGGAGGUACUACACAGAAUUCUCAUAGAAAACUAUUUUAAAUACCAUAGUAAGUUACUGUAUUACUAUGUAUCAGUAUCGAGAUAUACAAUAUAGAUAUAAGGCAAA